AUGGAGGAGCGGAAAAUCCUCGUGUUUUUUCGAGCAACCCGGUGUUCUGAGGACGGAUGGGACUCACUCUUAUUCUUCAGGUGAGCAAACGAUCCGUACUGGCAGGGAAUUGUUCUGAGGGCAGUGAGAACCUGGCUAAUGGGUUAAGAAGGAAGUUGAUCUCUCCUUUGAGGAGACUUCCAUGAUACCUCUUUCAAAGAAGGGAGACAAUCAUUUCUCUCUUUUUUUACUUCUGCCCUUUCCCGUUGUUUCAUCGACAGGGACUUUCCAUUGUGGACCCGCUCGCAGUGAACCCCUGCUCUCUGGGAGCAAGAAGGACAAUGUUCCGAGAUUUUAAAAAACUGGCCACAACUUUAUUGAUUCCUGGUGUAGGUUGGACAGGAUGCAGCUUAAAGAGUUGGCGAGGAUAAAGAGUUGGCAAGCUUUCCUCAGUUGCCAGCCUAGGAGUUCCCCAACAACUGACUGCCUAACCCCAGGCGUUGCUCCUAGGGGGCAAAGGUGUUUGGAGCUACGGUCUGCAACAGCCGCUCACCCUGUGACUGGUUGAGGAGCCAAUACGCCUUUUUUUCCGACGGACCCGAGAACAAGUCAGCCCUCAAAGGCUGAUGGAGAAAAGGUAUUGCUCCUACCUUCCUCGCUGCUUUUGAAGUGGAAGUCCAACACUGAGCAUCAGUGUGGCACCUUUGGGCUCACCUGUACCUGCAGAGGCCUUUUCUGACACCCACAGGGACCUUUCUCCAAUCCUCCAGCCUAAAUUAGGCUCAAAACCAGCAUUCCGACAAAACCAGCACGCUCCAACUGCCUGUCAAUCAUUCUGUCUCCAAACGAGACUCCAUCACAAUUCCUCUGCUGUCCAGCAUUCUGCUCCUCUCUCUUUUUUUUAAAAAAAAUAUUUUUAUUAAGUACAAAUUAGAAAACAUACAUAUUCACAACAAAAGAAAAUACAAAAGAAAAAGAAAAUACAUCUAACCAAGGAAAAAAAUUAGAGAAUAUUUUGUCUCUUUUCAUAUUUACAGUUAUUUAUACCUCUAUAAAAUGCUAUUCACAAUAAAGCAGUGAAAUGAAAGAUAAGAUAUCAGAAAAAAGAAAAAAAGAACAAAGAAAGAAUAAAGAAGUAAAAGAAAAAGAUCAUAAGUGAAAAAUUUUCAAAGUAGAUAAGUACUCACAAUACAUAACAGUUUCCCAUCUAUAUUUAUAUUCAAUUGUAUAAUUUCAUCUUGUCCUUAUCUACCUUAAAUAGUGGUUUUUUUAAAAAAAAACUUCCACCGUUUACCUCACGCGUUUUUAAUAAUCCAUUCGUCAGAACCUCUGUUCUUCAUAUUUUCCCUUUGGAUUACCUUAAUGUCUCCCUUUGUAUUUUUUAUAUUACGCACAAGAUUAUUCUAAACACAACCAGAUUUUUGUAGUUGAGCCCUGGUUUUGUAAAUAAUCAUUUAAGAACUCCCAUUGCUUCAUAACCAUAGUUUUGGACUUUCUCCUUAUUAUAGCCGUCAGUUUUGCUAAUUCCAGGUACUCGCAAAGUUUUCCCAACCAUUCUCUUUUUGUUGGGAUGCUGUCUUCUUUCCAAUAGCUAGCAAUCAAAAUUCUUGCCGCUGUUGUCGCGUAUAGAAAUAAGUUAGUUUUAUCUUUUGGGAUAUCUUUAUCUAGAAUUCCUAAUAGAUAUGCCUCUGCCUUUUUUGUGUGUGAUGUCCUUAUCAAUUUUUUUAUUUUGUCGUGGAUCAUGUCCCAAAAGGUUUUAAUCUUUGGGCAAGUCCAUUCUGUUCCUCUUUAAAAAAAAAAAGAUUGUGCUGAAUGCUGCAAAUACUUCCCUGUUCUUUAUUUCAUGGGAGGGAAUAUUCCCCUAUGACACAUCAAUCAGUGGCCGGGCAGCAUUUCCAUAGGCUGCCUUUUAAUAUGUGAUUUUUAAAUAUCGUGUGUUGUUUUUUAAUCUGAUUCUGAGCUGGUUCUCCCUCUCACAGGAACCGAGAAGUUAUAUUUCCAUUGAAAACAUGAAUGGCAGGAAUCAGGCAGCCAGCAGGACCUGUUCACUGCUGACAAAGGCAGCCAGACUCCUCAAUCUGAAGGUACAUCUCUCACAUGUAUUUAUUAAUUUGGAAAACAAAACGUUCCUCUUUCUAGCCCCAGGAGGCUCUCAACUAACGUGGUCCCAGGAAGAUUCAGGUGGCAUUUCCUAUCCUCUUCCUUAAUGCUGCCUUUCAACCCAAUGCCUACUAGGUUGCAGGUCCCAGUGGUGUCCUCUGGGACAAGAGAUUGGAGAUAAGCAUCUCACUCCACCUAAGUUGCAAGAAGGUCAUCUCAUGGCAUCCUUACUUUGGCUUGCUUCUGCUUCUAUGUUGUACCCAUUAUCUGGAGUGCAUUUUUGGCAACGCAAAAGGCAUGUGACUUUGCCUUUUCUCAUCUCUACUGCAGGUCAUUGUCUCUCCGGAGCUGUCUGACCCACACCAUAGAUUCAGAGGAGGUAACCUCCAAACCAUAAAAGCAGAGAAUGACCCAAGAUGACUCACUUUCCAUAUUAAAGCCAUCACCUGUAGCCACAACUUAGCUGCAACAUGAGACGAGAUAUGAAUCUCCAGGCUGAAUCCAAGUGUUGUGUGGCAGCGAUGGAGGGACCACAAUUUGUUGAUUUUGUUGUUCUUGUUAAUAGUUACUGUUUUCAGAGUUUGUAGGGAUGGUUUUUUAGGGCUUGUAGUUUUUCAUAUUCUAUCACAUUUUUCUCUUGUGGGAACACCCUUUGAGAGCUAUUGAGCUGUGAAUAAUGAAUUUGCAAUAAAUGAAUGAUGAAUAAACCAAUCUCUCAUGGCUGAUUGACUCUAGGAGUAUAA